CCUACGCCUGCUCUGACACAUUAACAAGAGGGAAAAGAAGAAGAGUAUCCAACUCGGGGCAGCAAAGUUUUUCUUGAUAUUUUUGCCGGAAUUUAAUUUGAGUUGUUGCAGAAGAGCCUUAGUUCGCCAGAGCCGUGAAAGAAGAUGCCUCUCAAAUUGGACAUCAAGCGCCGGCUAACGUCGCGCUCGGACCGUGUCAAGUGCGUUGAUCUACAUCCGGCGGAGCCAUGGAUGUUGUGUGCCCUUUACAAUGGCCACGUACACAUCAUGAAUUAUGAGAACCAGCAAAUGGUGAAGGAUUUCGAGGUUUGCGACGUCCCAGUGCGGUCCGCUCGCUUUGUUGCUCGCAAAAAUUGGAUACUUACUGGGUCGGACGAUAUGCAAAUCCGUGUCUUCAACUACAACACUUUGGAGAAGGUGCACUCAUUUGAGGCGCACUCGGACUACCUGCGCUGCAUCGCCGUGCAUCCCACACAGCCGCUGGUGCUAACCAGCAGUGACGACAUGCUCAUCAAGCUGUGGAACUGGGAAAAAAUGUGGGCUUGUCAGCGAGUCUUCGAAGGACACACCCACUACGUCAUGCAGAUCGUUUUUAAUCCCAAAGACAAUAACACGUUCGCCUCGGCCUCGCUGGAUCGUACGGUGAAGGUGUGGCAGCUAGGCUCAAACUUCGCUAACUUCACGCUGGAGGGGCACGAGAAGGGUGUGAACUGUGUGGAUUAUUACCAUGGAGGCGAUAAGCCCUACUUGAUUUCCGGCGCCGAUGAUCGCCUGGUAAAGAUUUGGGACUACCAGAACAAGACCUGCGUUCAGACAUUAGAGGGCCAUGCACAAAACAUCUCCGCUGUAUGUUUCCAUCCCGAAUUGCCGAUUGUUCUGACGGGGUCUGAGGAUGGCACCGUGCGGAUUUGGCACUCUGGCACUUAUCGCUUGGAGACCUGCCUUAACUAUGGGUUUGAGCGUGUAUGGACUAUUUCCAGUAUGCGGGGCACGAAUAAUGUGGCACUUGGCUACGAUGAAGGUUCCAUUAUUAUCAAGGUGGGCCGCGAGGAGCCGGCGAUGUCUAUGGAUGUGGUCGGUGGCAAGAUAAUUUGGGCUAAACACUCUGAAAUGCAGCAGGUCAACUUGAAGACCAUUGCCGAUGGUACUGAGAUCAAGGACGGAGAGCGCCUGCCCGUGGCUGUUAAGGAUAUGGGAGCCUGCGAAAUUUACCCACAGACUAUUGCACAUAAUCCGAACGGCCGUUUCGUCGUAGUCUGCGGUGACGGCGAAUAUAUCAUCUACACAUCUAUGGCGCUGCGUAACAAGGCCUUCGGGUCCGCCCAGGAAUUCGUGUGGGCGUUGGAGAGCAACGAGUAUGCCAUUAGGGAGAACAACGGCACUGUGCGACUGUUUCGCAAUUUCAAGGAGCGCAAGAGCUUUACACCCGAGUACGGGGCAGAGAGCAUCUACGGUGGCUACUACUUUGGCGUUAAGACCUCCUCUGGCUUGGCAUUUUAUGACUGGGAGACCCUGCAGCUAGUUCGUCGCAUCGAGGUGCAGCCUAAGAACGUGUUCUGGAACGAGAGCGGCAGCCUGGUCUGCCUUGCAACAGAUGAUUCCUACUUUGUGCUCGGUGUGGACACCGCACAGGUGGCAAAUGCUGUAGAGUCCAAGGAGGGCUUGGAAGACGAUGGUGUGGAGAGCGCAUUCAAUGUAUUGGGAGAGGUCUCUGAAUCCGUAAAGACGGGCCUUUGGGUUGGCGACUGCUUUAUCUAUACUAACUCGGUAAAUCGCAUCAACUAUUAUGUGGGCGGCGAAAUUGUCACAGUGUCCCAUUUGGAUCGGACCAUGUAUUUGCUCGGGUAUGUGCCCAAGGACAACCGCCUGUAUUUAGGAGACAAGGAGUUAAAUGUGAUCAGCUUCUGCCUGCAGUUGUCUGUUCUGGAGUACCAGACUGCUGUAAUGCGACUUGACUUUGAGCGAGCGGACCUUGUUCUACCCACCAUUCCGAAGGAGCACCGCACUCGAGUGGCGCACUUCCUGGAGAAGCAGGGCUUCAAGACACAGGCUCUGCAGGUAUCCACCGAUGCGGACCAUAAGUUUGAUUUGGCCUUACAAACCGGAGAGCUGGAUAUUGCCCUAAAACUGGCUCGCGAGGCUGAAAAUGCGCAAAAGUGGUCACAACUGGCUGAUGUCGCGGCUCGGAAGAAUAACAUGGCUCUGGUCAAGGAGUGCAUGCAAAAGGCCAACGAUUUCAGCGGCCUGCUUCUGCUCUCUACGGCUUCCGGCGAUGCUCAGAUGCUCGAGGAGGUCGGCGAGGCUGGUUCCGCCCAGGGACGUCAUAACAUCGCAUUCCUGGCAGCAUUCCUGCGCUCAGAUGUGCAACGCUGCCUAGAUAUUCUCAUUGCAACAAACCGUCUGCCGGAGGCUGCCUUCUUUGCCCGCACCUACUUGCCCAGCCAAAUGUCGAGGGUGGUAGAGCUCUGGCGCGAAGAGCUGGGCAAGGUUAACGAGAAGGCCGGCCAGUCCUUGGCGGAUCCGGCUCAAUAUACAAAUCUCUUUCCGGGCCUGGCCGACGCAUUGCGCGUGGAACAACAUUUGCAAGGGGAGCGAGCUCGCAAGGCGCCAGCGCGUUUGGCCGGUCAGCUUCCACUGAAUAGUGAGCGCAAUCCUCUUGAGGAACUGUUUGCCGCUGAGCAGGGCGGAGCAGGCCAGCAGCUGGAGGAGAAGGCGAAGCCGGCCUUUAAUCCCGCCUUAGCUGCCGCUCUUAGCAGCGCGGCAGCCGCCAAGCCUUCGUCUAAUGCGGAGGACGACGAUGACCUGGACCUGGAAAUCGAUGGCAUCACUUUGGAUGACAACAUUGAUACGACGGACGUUAACUUGGAUGACGACUUUCUAAGCGACGAUUAAGUACCAAUACCAGAUGCCAGAUAUCUAGAAUACCAUAAAAACCUUCGUUUAUUGCUUGGGAAAUCCCACAUGUCCAGCAUUUCAAUCCACAAAAUUCCGUGCAUACAUUCGCAUUCGCAUUUGAUCUGAUUGAAUGUUUGUUUCCCGUGCAUUACCUAUACAAGUCUAAAAUUAUAAAUAUAUUUCUAUUAAUAAUAUGUAUGUACAACAGUAA